CAUAAUAGUAACGGCCAUAUAACGCAACGAUUUCAGAUCUGCGGUUUAUUAUUAUUCCGUUUUUGGAAGUCCAAAGUUUAGUCGUUAUGAUUAUCUACUUCUAUUUUGAAUUAUCAAUUGUCGACUGAAUUCACACCAUGCUGGACAACCGGGACAAAUUGAUUCGCCUUUUGCUGUACUGCUGCCGGGUCCGGUUCCGCAGAUAUCCCGCAUUCUUCUUUCCGGUGUUCGUAUUUCUGCAAACCAUACAGAAAUUCAGUUACGACAUCAAGCUACGAACUGCAUUCUUCCGGGUGGUCCCAAUUCCAAACGUUUUUUUCGAGCAACAUCAGCAGGGCCGUCUUGUACGGUCCGAGCACACGCUGUUUGUAUGCCGGACCGUGUUCAACCAGUACGUUGUGGAGAGAGAAAUAAAUUGGAUUAAUCUGGUCAUAAGAACCGUUGGCAAUGAAUCCAGUCGGCAGAAGAGCGAAGGUGACGGACUGGUGUCAAUUAUUUUAAAUAGGCAGGAAGUAUUGGUACUGUUUCAGAUAUUUCCCCUGGACGGAGUUCCACCGAAUGUGAUAUUUGUUAAAGAGAACCUGUACCACGAACUAAGCGAGCGGUAUAAGUUAGGAGGGAAUGGUUUCGGUGGUAAAUUACAGCGUUUGACAGAGAAGCAACAUCUUCCUCAGGUGGCCACGAAGGCAAACAUUUUCGUGUACAAUACACCUUAUGAUUUAUCCGCGAACAUGGUGGAUUUCAUUAUGGCGAGAUAUUUUGAAACUCCGCAGCUGCUGUACAGAAAUCAUACCUGCCAAAUAGCUCUGAAUGAAAGGUUUUUAGGAAACACGUUCUAUACGAAGAACUUUGCCAUUUUGGCCCAUUUGCGAUCGCUUUAUUUUAAAUGUUUGAACCUUGAGUCGUCGGAAAAUAGUUUUGAGCUGUGCGGGAUCGUGUGCAAAGGUUUGACCAGUUUGCAGCAAACUACGACGUAUAACAACUUUGUUCCCCGACAAAGGCUUGACGAUCUGGUGCUCGUACCUGCCUGUCCAUUUGGGUUAUGGAAAUAUCACAAGGAAUUAAGUGCGUCGCUUUCGGCUUAUCUGAAACAGGAGGACAAUUCCUUGGUAGAUAAUCAGAUUUAUCCUAUAUUUAUGCUGAAAGGCGAGAGAGGAAUAGGGAAAUCAACGGUUCUUCGUGCGGUAGCACAGUCACUAGGUAUGCAGAUAUUCUAUGGAGAUUGCAGUGAUAUUAUGACAUCGAUCUCGUCACAGACCGAGAGCAAACUGAUAUCCGCUUUGAACAAGAGUAAAAUAUGCGAACCGUUGAUAAUCGCUUUGCAGAAUUUUGAAAUCUUCGGUAUAGAUAACGAAGGCCACGAAGAUUUGCGCAUUCUGGCUACGUUCCAGGCGGAACUUCAGUCACUUUUCCGUCGAAAAUAUUUCCACCCGAUCAUCAUUGUCGCAUUGGCAAAUGAUAAGAAUACCGAAAAACAUCGACUGAAUAGUUUAUUUUUGGAUGUAAUAAAUUUCCAAUCACCAACGGCCGAGGAACGAUAUCAGCUUCUGCGGUGGAUAGCUAUCAAAGAGGGGCGUGGAUUACCAUCGGCACAAUCAAGAAAAAUUGCUGACCAAACGCAGGGUUUCAUCUUUGGCGAUCUCAAGUUGCUCUGCGCGAAAGCGCUUACAGUGACUUCCAAAGAAUCAAACUUUGAGAAGGCCCUCGAAGAAAUGCACAAUUCUUUCUCCGACAGUUUGGGUGCACCGAAGGUACCCAAAGUUCUUUGGUCCGAAAUUGGCGGGUUAGCUAAGUUGAAAAGCGAAAUUCAAAACAGUAUAGGUCUUCCCCUGCGCCACAAGAAGCUCAUGGGUAAGAAUCUGCGUCGCUCCGGUAUCCUGUUGUAUGGGCCACCCGGAACGGGUAAAACUCUUAUCGCUAAAGCGGUGGCAACCGAGUGCAAUUUGAGCUUCCUGUCGGUGCAGGGUCCGGAACUGUUGAAUAUGUACGUUGGCCAGAGCGAACAGAAUGUGAGGGAAGUUUUCUCGAGAGCUCGCUCGGCGGCACCCUGCGUGUUAUUCUUGGAUGAACUGGACUCGUUGGCUCCUAAUCGGGGUGUGUCGGGUGAUUCGGGUGGUGUGAUGGACCGCGUGGUUUCGCAGAUGCUUAGCGAAAUGGAUGGGAUUUCGAAAGGAUCCGAGCCGGAUCAACAAAUAUUCAUACUGGCGGCAACGAACCGACCGGACCUGAUAGAUCCUGCCCUGCUGCGACCGGGUCGUUUCGACAAAUUGCUGUAUGUCGGUCCCAGUACAACGGUUGAAGACAAAGAAAGUGUCCUGCAGGCCAUUACCAGCAAAUUCCAUUUAAGCAAAGACCUUACAUUAAGAAAAAUUGCCGAAGGACUCGAGCUGGAUAUGACCGGGGCGGACUUGUACUCGAUCUGUUCUAACGCGUGGCUUAGUGCGGUACGGAGAGCGAUCCGUGGUGCUGAUGAAAGUGUUGAUGAUAGCCUUGGACCGGAUCACGUUGUGGUAAAUGAGAGUGAUUUUAAGAACGCCAUGAAGAAGUUCAUCCCGUCGAUCAAUCCGGCUGACAUGGAAUACUUUAAUAAAUUAAGGAGCAACUUUAGUGUGUAAAUUAAUACCAUAGGUGAUGUGUAAAUAGUUUAUUUUUUUAGUAGACAUUGUUAAAUAGUGUUUGGUUGGAUGAAAUUUUUAGGCUGUUAUAGAAUAUAAUUUAAA